AUGCUGAUUGGUGUUGUACUUAUUUACGUUUUCGAUGUGGAGAGUCGUGAACUCGAUAAAGACUAUCGUUAUUAUCAGUCAUGUUUGGAGGCACUGAUGCAAAAUUCACCAAAUGCGAAAGUUUUUUGUUUGAUACAUAAAAUGGAUCUUGUUUCGGAAGAACACAGAGACAAGGUGUUUGCGGAGAAGGAACGCGAUAUAAUGCUUCGCUCAGAGGCUGCUGCUGUCAAAUUGAAACGCGAAAAUGCCGUCAAGAAAUGUUACAGGUCAUCAAUUUGGGAUGAAACGCUUUAUAAGGCGUGGUCAGCGAUUGUAUGUCAGUUGGUGCCUAACGUUGCGUCGAUGGAAGCCAAGCUUCAGCAGUUUGCUGUGAUUUUGGACGCUGAUGAGGUUCGCUGCGCCACGUAA